UACUCUGUUUGGUCUACGCUCCCAUUCCCAGGCGAGGGGACCGAGCAGAAGCAUCCCUUUUGUUAUCUGUUGAAAUAAGAAGAUCAGAGGGGAAGACAGGGUUUGAAGUGUGCAUUGGGGGGUCCUAAAUCUUUGCCUGUCCCCUCCGUCUGGAUCUUUAUAAAUGAUCGAGGAGUGCAAUGAAUUUAGGAAAGCUUCCUGUCCUGGAACCAGAAACUUCUUUAGAGGCAGAUCGGCCGUGCCGGGCUGUCUGAAUGGACCAGCAUCUUCGCCUCGAAGAUUUAUUUGAGUUUCAGCUCGUCAGCGAUUAGUCCCUCGGGAGAUCUGUUGGCUUUUCGGCGAGGGAUGGAGAAGCGCAAGCCGGCCGCACUGCCGCCCUUGCCCUACCACCUCCGCACGGUGCCCUUGGACCUGCCGGGGACCCCACCCCGCCUCCCUCUCAGGGACCCCCCCAGGGUCUCCCGUCCCGACGCCGCGUGCUGGGCGCGGGGGCCCGGGGGCUGCGCCGCGAGGCCGCCGUGCCGGCCGCUGCCGCUGGAGUGCGCCUUCGAGCCCGCCUUCCUCCGGCGGCGCAACGAGCGCGAGCGGCAGCGGGUGCGCUGCGUCAACGAGGGCUACGCGCGCCUGCGAGCCCACCUGCCCCGCGAGCUGGCGGAGCGGCGGCUCAGCAAGGUCGAGACGCUCCGUGCCGCCAUCGGCUACAUCAGGCACCUCCAGGAGCUGCUGGAGCGCCACGCCCGGGGGCCGGAGGGUCCCGCCGGCGCCCGCGCCCCGCGCCCGGCCGAGUGCAACAGCGACGGCGAGUCCAAGGCCUCGUCGGCGCCUUCGCCCUGCAGCGAGCCCGAGGAGGCGGGCAGCUAGCGAGCGCCGGGCCCCGGCCCGGUCCCCCCGCGCGCCCCCCGCGGCCUGGGAGUCUGGCCGAAGAGUCUCGCCCGGGAUGGUUUGCAUUUCUAAUGCGGUUUUUCCCUCCACGACUAAAUCUUAGGAACGAGAAAUGCGUGUUUUGCGGAGGAAAAGUGUUAUUUUGACAUUCUGGUUGCCCUCCUCCCCUCCCCCAUCCCCCCCCCCCCCCCUUACUGGUCAUGCGCUUGCAAGCUUAAAGGUGCUCAUGACGGAAAUUCUUCCACGGUACUUCUCAAAGGCACACGGAGCCGGAUUCUGAGCACCGGAUUCUAAAAACGAGUAUUCUAAAAACUCAGAGGGCGGCGACAAUGGGAAAUAUGUCCCACAGCCCGCGGGGUGGGGUACGUUAGGUACACGAAUAUCGAAUCAAAUUCAACCCAACCAAAGAACUUUACAAAUAAAUAAAUGAAUAAAUCACAGCCCUUAGGGCAAGAGGAACGUUUUCCUGCAUGCUUUCCUUUGGGAAUUGUAUUUGAAAUUUAACUGACACCGUCCGUUUGGGUGAAGGUGACUCUAAGUUGACGCUUGAGCAAACACGCACUUGCGUGCACGGUGGUGCUGGAGAAGACCGGGGCCAUCGUUUGAUACUAUCAGCUUUAUCUUAUCCAGAAGUGGCCAUCUGGAAACUUCAUUAACAUUCAGGAAGUAACAUGUUACUGUACAUGAUCUGGUUGAAAGAGAACUCAGAUUUGUUUGAAAACUUCUCAGUUGUUUCUACCCACUGGUUUUCCUUUUUCUUUCCAUCCCCCUCUGUAGUUCUCACUUCAUCUAACCUUUGGUUAAACUAAAGUAACACCCCUGAUUUAAAAAAAAGAAAAAGAAAAAGAAAAAUAGGAACUGCGUAGAUGGUUGAACAAGGUGGACUGAAACUGGUAUGUUCUCAAAAUCUCAUCACCAUGAGGGCCUCUGGGUAUAAUGAAAUUAUCUAGUGACUUUGGCUUUGUUCCUGGUCUUUGAAAAACAUUUAAUUUGGGUCCAUUUUGUCUUAAGGACAAUUAUGAAAUUCAGCAGAUAAGUAAAAUGCUUGCUGACCUAUGAAGAUAAACUUCCUCUCUCUAAAGUUGUUUUCUAGUAUCUUGAAUUGACCUUUCCAUAUCAGGCAGGCCUGAUAUGGGGGUGGGGAGCCAGGCCAGGACAUGGACAAGGAGAGAAAGCUACUCCUGGUGAGCCCUUACAGGGCAUGGUUUAAUCCCCACAGGGGCCUCAUGAGCUAGGUUUUUUAGUACCUCCACUUUAUAGCUGUGUCAACUGAGGGAAGCCAAUAUGCAAUGAAUAUCUUUUAUCAGCCAGAAAUUCUGUCAUGUGCUUUUUACAUGUUGCCCUAGUUCAUUCUCAUUGGUCUGCGAGGUGAGUAUUACACAUGUGAUGUGGUUAAAAAACGGGGCCUUGCCCAGGUUUGUGUUGCUAGGGUUAGUUGAGCUGAGAGUCCAUCCAGAGUUUGACCCUGAAGCCCAGACUUGCUGGGUCUGGUUCCCUGUCCUCCCUUGCGCAUUUGUUUGCUAGUGGAGUGACAUAGCAAACUUCUUAAUCGUGCAGCAACUCCGUUUCCUCAUCUGUACUGUUUCACAGGAGAAAUGUAGAUGAAAGACCAUGGUAAUCUGCAAGGUACUAUCCAAAGGUAAAUUAGUCGUGUUAUCAUCCUUUGGAGAAAACACUCUUACUUGUACUCGUACAAAAUACUAUUACCUAUAUACUAUGGGAAGGGGAGCCUGAUUGAAAAUGAUCUCUAGGUGGAGUUAGUGUGAUUUCUUCAGUGUGUUAGAAGGAAGACAGAGUAACCCCAUGGUAUUAGGAUUUUGCCUUCUAUUGUAAAUUUCCAGGGGACAUGACUUGACCUGUGGAAGCUGCAUCCCUGUUAAGCCGUAUAAUUACUAAUAUUUGUAACAAUGAGUUCUAAUGGAUUCUGUGUUUCUGGAGACACAGAUAAAUGUUUUGCAGUGAUUCACAACAAAUCUUUACAUUUUCUUAAGAACGUGGCAGAGAUGUUGGGUUUGAAGGAGUAAGAUGGAAGCUUGCCCUUGCCCAUUCCUUGGUUACAGCCUUACGGACAUCUGUCAUGAAUCCAUUUUGGUCUUCAGGCAGGUGGUUAUUCCUUGUAAAGGUUUCAGUGAAGCAAGCCUCCCUGAGAUGUAUUUAUUGUUGGGGGCGGUGUGGAAAGGAAAACACCCAUCUUACCUCCCUGGCUGAGCUGGAGGAGAGGGUAAUGCACCAAGUUGUUCAGAACCUUGAGAAACUUUUUAAGGGUCUUCCGUAAGGGCUAAUGACGCUCUCCGUUCCUUCAUUCUGCUUCAGCCAUGGCCGGCACCUGGAUGUUCUCUUUUCUACCGUGGGAGUAAUAACAAUGAAAGAGUACAUUUUGUUUAUAUACUGUGGUUGCUUUUAAAUACAGGAAAACGAAAUAAAGAUUUUUUUUCUUUAUUUACUUCCCUAAAAUAAAUGCACAAAAUG